GGGCGGCGCUGCGCUCCCCUCGCUCUCUGGCCCGGCCGCCGCAGCCGCUCGGCGGGCCUGUCACGUGGGGCAGCGGCGGCGGCGCUGCCGUCUGUCUUCUGCCACCUGCCCCGGAGUGGGAGCGUGGGCCGGACAUGGGGACGCCGCUGCGGCGGGCGCCCGCGCCACUCCCGGCCCCCCGGCGGGCGGGGGCACCGUGGGCCGGAGGCGCCGCCAGCUCCUGCGGCUCGGCGUAGCGGCUUGGUGGGUGCGGAGCCGCCGCGGUUCCCCCCGCGCUGAAGGGCAGGCGACAGCGACCCGCCAUGGAGAAGGCAGCAGCCGCGGAGCUUCGUCAGGGCGCGCUGGGGCCGCUCACUGCCUUCUGCCUGGCUGGAAUGUUUUAUUCCUAUUCCUUGCACAACUGACAGUAGUGGAAGUUGAGAAACAUGAGAGUGAAUCUCUUCCUGACUGGGAAAAUAGAAAGCGCUGUUACGUCAUUAGCUGCUUGCAGUGGAGAACUGGAACAGCACACAGAGAGACGGGGAGUCAUCUAUAGUCCUUCUUGGCCAUCGAACUAUCCUCCAGCUGUAAACUGCAGCUGGUACAUUCAAGGAGAUCAUGGAGACAUGAUAACAAUUAGUUUUAAGAACUUUGAUUUGGAAGACUCUCAGAAGUGUGCAGUAGACUGGUUGAUGAUUGGCCCAUCUUCCAAGAGGGAGGAGUACAAAGUGUGUGGAUCUUCCAUACCUCCAUCUUUCAUCUCUGCAAGGGACCAUGUGUGGAUAUUUUUUCACUCAGAUGCAUCAAGCUCAGGACAGGCUCAGGGAUUUCGCCUUUCUUAUAUUAGAGGAAAGAUAGGUCAGUCUGUGUGCCAGUCAGAUGAAUUCCAUUGUGCAAAUGGGAAGUGUAUUCCCAGUACUUGGAAGUGUAAUUCCAUGGAUGAGUGUGGGGAUAACUCAGAUGAGAAAAAUUGCACUGUCCCUCCAACAGACCCUCCAUCCAGCAUCUGUCCCUCAGGAAUGUUUCAGUGCAGCGCAGCCCACUCCACCAAAUGUUUGAUGAACGAGCUGAGAUGUAAUUCAGUUAAAGACUGUGGUGAUGGUUCAGAUGAAGAUAAUUGUCCUGACCUUUCCUGUGGCAAAAGGCUGGGUAAUUUUUACGGAUCUUUUGCUUCCCCAGACUUAUUCCGUGCUGAUCACAGCAGAUCAGACCUUCGUUGCACAUGGUAUGUGGACACACAAGAUAAUCGGCAUGUUCUGUUGCAGCUCGAUUUGCAGUUAGGCUACAAUGACUAUGUAAAGGUGUAUGAUGGCAUUGGAGAGAGAGGUGAUAAAUUAAUGCAGACGUUUUCGCACCACAACAAUAGGCAUUCAGUGAGCGUGGAGUCAUCAAAGGGCCAACUCACUGUCUCGUAUCAUGCCCGCUCCAAGAGCACUGGCCAUGGAUUCAAUGCAACGUAUCAGGUGAAAGGCUAUUGCCUUCCUUGGGAACACCCUUGUGGAAGUGAUGAGGAGUGUUUCACGGAUAAGCAGCAUUGUGAUGGCUGGUGGCAUUGUCCAAAUGGCAAGGAUGAGGAGAAUUGUCCCGCUUGCCAGAAGAACGAAUACCCAUGUGAAGGAAACAGUGGGCUUUGUUACUCAAUACUUGACCGCUGUAAUAACCAGAAGAACUGUCCAGAUGGCUCAGAUGAAAAAAACUGCUUUACUUGCCAGCCAGGAAACUUCCAUUGUGGGACAAAUCUGUGCAUCUUUGAGACUUGGCGCUGUGAUGGCCAAGAAGACUGCCAGGAUGGAAGUGAUGAACAUAACUGCCUGGUGAUCGUUCCCAGGAAGGUCAUCACAGCUGCUCUGAUUGGGAGUCUCGUGUGUGGCUUGCUGCUAGUGAUAGCACUGGGUUGUGCGUUUAAAUUAUAUUCUCUGAGGACCAGGGAAUACAGAGCAUUUGAGACUCAGAUGACGCGACUGGAAGCAGAGUUUGUGCGGCGGGAAGCUCCACCUUCCUAUGGACAGCUGAUUGCACAAGGACUUAUUCCCCCAGUUGAAGACUUCCCCGUAUACAAUGCAUCACAAGCUUCUGUGCUGCAGAACAUUCGAACAGCCAUGAGGAGGCAGAUGAGACGACACUCGUCAAGACGGAGCUCAUCUCGGCGGCGCUUGGGCAGGCUCUGGAACAGACUCUUUCACAGACCUCGGGUGAGAGGACAGAUCCCACUCCUGACUCCUGCCCGCACCUCACAGACUACACUGGGUGAUGGAAUCAUCAGCAGUGCUGAUGGGACUGUUCGGAGUCCUGCACCUUCCCCAGAAGGACCUAGUUUAGAGGCAAAUGGCCAAGCCAGGGGCCCACAGGAAGCUGGAUGUAGCAGCGUGCAGCCAGAGACUGAAAUUACAGAGCCAUCGCCUUCCAACAUCUUACACCCAAAUACUUGCACAGCAGCACAUGCAGAGCCUGAGGCUGGAUACACUGAUAAAUCCUUAAAUGCUGACUCUGACAGAGAGCUUAAGCAGUCCAGUAAAGUAGAUACAGGAAAGGCUUUCAGAGAUCCUUUAUCUGAAAGUGUUACAGAAACGAUCCAUGGUGGGUCAGUAUCCAGGAGGACCGUCCCAGAGGACAAUAGUUUAAGUGGAAGUCAUCCACUGAGUGAAGAUCCAUGUAGAUUACCCUUAAAAAAGUGGGAGUCUGGUUAUCCAGACAGCCCUAUGAAUGUUCAUAUCCAAGUGGAUGGACAAAACCACUGUUGCCCUAACUCAUACCAGGAGGAGCCUUUGGAUGUUCAUGCGGCUUGUUGCCAUUCUGUGGAAGUGCCAAUGUUACAGUCAUCUACUUCCCUCUCCGAAAACAAUACCAGUGAUGAUGAAUCUUUACUUGUUUGCUAAUAAAAAUUUCUGGUUUGUCCAUGUAAAUUUUAUAACUUCAUUGUUACUUCAAUGCACUUUGAUGAUAGGUGGUAUGUUUGUGCUCCCAACUUUCUCUCUUCAAACAAGUGUGCUUUAAUUCCACAGUGAGUGCAGUACAAGACUAAAUAGGACAAGUUUAUGUCACCGUUGCUAUUCCUGAAACUCCAGUGGGGCAGAAGUAGGCCACUAUGUGAUGUCAGGGGCUAGGAGAACAGGAAUGUGUCACUGCAGUUUGGAGGCAUCUCCAUCCUCUGGUAGUUUUUCUGUACUUUUUACUCACUCUGCAUUCAGUGUUUCUUUGCCUUUCAUUGGUCUUCCUGAACUAGAGAACUAACUCUGUUGGAACCUGGGGCAGACACCGGUCAUUGUAAUUCUGAGUACUAACUGACAACAAGUAACACUGUUGUCUUUUUAGGCAUAAUAAUUUAAAUAAAAUUUAAUAAUUUUAAUUACAAAUAUGUAGGAGGAAUUAAAAUCCCCUGUAGCUUCCCCUUUAUAGAAACUGCUCACUUCUUUUGAUCCCUUCAGAAAUGUUUUGAUGGCCACGUGUACCUUGAAGCAUCCACUAAAUCCGAAGUUUCUGUAUUGUAUACUCAGAAUGAAACCAGGUGUCUUAGCUACUAAAGCUUUGUAAUGAGAGUAUAGCAGUGUUCAGUGUAAGUGGAGUGCAUUGAAUUCUAGUUGCAGCAAUAUUUCUUUUUUACAUUGUCAUGUGUUGCAUUUUCUUCAUAGUGAUGUUGUGAGUGUUGCAGAAUUAUUUCCUCCUUCUCUACCCUCUUUUUCCUCUCCUCGUGUUUCCAGGGACUCUAUGCUGAUACCACUUUGAGGGUGCCUGAAGGACACUGAGGCUUUACAGCUCCUGGGGGCUGCACUGGGAAGCACUGAGCACUUGGUCAGGAUCAGACUUCGGUUUUAUUUUGAAAUAAAAUCUGUCUCACAAGUUUGCUUGUAAAUCUGCUACGUAAGUGCAGAUGUAUAAGCCAGGAAUUUUAUUUAUCUUUUAUUUUUAGAGGAUGUUAUUUUGAUUUUUUUAUUUUUAUUUGCUUUUUUUUCUUUGAAGAGCUGAAAUAGAUCAGUGCCGUUUUCAAAGCUGACACUGUGUGGAUUGUACACACUUAAAUGUAAACUGGUGCCUUUUUGGUUUUUUAGAGUGUAAGUAAAAGUAGGCAAGUUAUUUACCUUUAAGAAGGUGGCAUUGCAGAAGAGGAGUUCCUGCAGAAUGACAGAACUCUGCUGUGUGAUAGCUUGGUCCUGUUGUGAUGGCUGGGGUGGUGGCCAGACUCUUGCUACUCUAACAAGAGCUCUGCUUCAAUUCCCCCAUGACACAGUGACAAAUAAAAAUGCUUUAUAAAGGAGUUAACAAGGAAAUUGAUGCUGCUGCUCUGUAAACAUUCGAGUGCUCCAAAACCUGUUUGUUGUUGUAGGAAUUCAAGUUGUCCAGAGUUAUUAACUGAACUUGUGAAAUUGGAGUCUUUGACAUCUGCAGGCCUGAGCUCUGCUGCCCACAGGACUUUCCUGGCUGUAAAGGCAAACAGGCUUCUGCAGUGAACAGUUAAGUUUACAUCAAAGUGUCAAAGAUUUUUUCCUUUAAAUGGGUUAUAUUUAGCCCUGGAUCUUUCACUAGGACUCCCUUUGGGGGAGUGCCUUGAAAAGAACAAGGAACUUUGGCCUACUAAAAUGUAAUAUGGAAGAAUUAAAUAGAAGUGAUUUUUUUUUCCUUUUCUGUUGCAAAUUGGUUUCAUACUGUGCAUUCCAGGGUUAGAAGAUUCAAAUUCUUUAAGGGCAUUAAUACCAGGAAGGGCUUGUUGCAAAAUGCAUAACAAGAGUUGUAGUUGCGUUAAAUAAAUACUGCUCAGUCAUUUUUUCCAAGUUCUUCUGUGAUCAGAACUCAUUUCAUCAAAGAAAAUGUAGUUUUGAAAGAGAUCUUCCUUUCAUAGCAUUUGUAAACAUUUUGGGUACAUUCCACCUUUGCAAGGCCAUGUACUGUAGUCAUUGCACUCCAGAGUAGUUGUUUGCAUCAAAGGCUACAGGUUUUAGUGUCUUUUUUUUUUUUUUUUUUUUUUUUUUGUCUAAAGGUAAUUUAAAAUACAUAGACUUGUAUGUGUAAGAUAGUUACGUAUAGUUAGGAGAAAGAUUAAAGGUUUGUAUUGUGUGGAUAUGGAAGGACCUUAGAAAUACAUGUGUAUUUAUUUCUGUUACAGAAAAAUAUUUCUGUAAUAAAAUAAUGCUAAUCAUGCCAUGCCUUAAACCAUCACCAUUAUAAGGCUCAUAAAGUUGAAAUAUGUACUCUGGAGUACUGCUAUAUUUUGGGAACAACCCUGAACAGCUAACACUACUUUAAGAUGUGUAACUUCACAUAAUUUCUUACAUGUAUCAUACAUAUUUUGUAUACUGAUGCAUUUGGUAACUCAGUGAAAAUUUCACUGGGAAAGUUUUACUUUGAGAAACUUUAAAACAAGUCCAGGUUAAUGAAAAUUUGAUGUUGAAGCAUACAGAAGUGUUCACAACCCUCAUGACUGGACUAUACAGCACUGCAUCAAUGAGAAAUACAAGCCUGGUGCUCUUUGUAAGCACUAACUUCUGUAUUCUGCAGGGCAGUUUUCUCUCCUAGCUCACCCCCUGCAAGGGAAGAGCCGUAAGUUCACUGUUAGUUUUACAAAAGAAAUCUCUAUGUUUGCACUCUGAGCACAAAGAGGUGCAGUGCAGUGCCCUGGAAUGUCAAUACCUGGAUAAAUCAUAAAGUCUGCUUUAGUGUAAUGUCUGCCCUUCCUCCAUCUCUUGUAAGCAUUAAACAGGGAAUCAAUCAUCCUUGAAGGUACCUUGGUUCUGAUUCAUAUAAACUGCCUCCUUGUAUUCAGAACUUCUUAAAAUUAGAAAAAAGGAAGAAAGUGGAAAUGCAACACUUUAAAGACUAUACAACCUUAAGUUAAUCAGCUAGUAAAUUUGUUAAAUAUUUUGUUACUUUAAUAAUGCUUUUCUGCACUCUAAAGAUUUUUGUAGACCGGAAGCAAAUUGUUUGUUUGUUUGGCUUUGGUUUUUUAAGAUACACAGCUCCUCUGUCCAAACAAGCAAAAAAAAAAACUCCUUCCAAAAAACCUCCCUUCCAAAAAUCUCUCUGAAUAGAGAAGAAUACUUACUGGUUUAAAAAGAAUGCAAGCUCAUAGGCAGCAUAAAGGGGAAAAGUGAUUCCCUUAAUAUUUUUCUCUGCUGCUAUUAAAGCAGGGAAUAUUUCUGUUAGGAAUUCUGGUACCUUCCAACUUGUCUAUUACUCUGCAACAUCCCCUAAACGUACUUGUUCUCUAUUUCUGUUCUCUGCUUUGUGACUUUUUUGUUUGUUUUUAAUUUGUUGUAUAUAUUAAUUUAGUUACAACAUUUUACCAUAGUGUGUGUACAGGCAUAUGGUUCAGGUAUGGUGUUGUGUUUACCAGUAUCUACUACUGCUUCCUGGACUGAGCAAGACACUAAGCAAGAAAGAUGCUGGCAUCAUCGUACCUUGCCUUGCUUUGGAUCUCUUAAUUUUUAAUAAAAUUUCAUGUGCCCAGA